AUGAAUUUUUAACCGAGUUCUUUAUUUAAUCACAAUGUAAAAUGGGAAUUACUGAAUGAAAAACCUUCAAGUGAUUUUAAGACUCUGUAAUUAUAUGUUUUUUCUAAUAAGAAGAAGGAAUUUCAGUUUAAGACUCUCAUAAAAACUGGUUCAAGAAUUCUGAAGAAGAACAAAAUCAAGUUUUUAGAUGUGAAAAAUUGUGUAUUAAAAAAAAUUCAUCAUUAUCAAAAUGGAGAUGGGAUUAUGAUUACUUCAGGCAAUUUUCAAUUUGAAUUCUAUGGUUAAAUCACAGAAUGGUUUGACCACUUGAAAUUAUAUUGCAUAUAAGUCGAUUUCUUGAACAAUUAUAGCAUUGGAAACCUAAUAGGCAAAGGCACCUAUGGUAAGGUCUACAAAGCUAUUCAAAAAUAAAAUAAAAGUGAAUACGCAGUUAAGACUUUUGACAAAAGCAAUUUACAAAAGUAGAUAGAAAUAGAGGCAAUCUUAAGAGAAAUUGACAUUCUUAGAAUUGUCUAGCAUCCCCGAGUUAUUAAACUUUUGGAAACAUAUGAAAGUGAAACACAUAUUUUUGUUGUCUAUGAAUUGUUAAAAGGUGGAGAGCUAAAACAACUAAUGAAUGAGAAGAAACUAAAUUAAGACUAGUGUGUUUCAAUCAUUUAUAAAAUUAUAGAUGCUUUGGCUUAUAUUCAUUCAAAAGGCAUAAUACAUAGAGAUUUGAAACCUGAAAAUUUGAUAUUUCGAUAUGCAUAGAACAUAGAAGAUAUAGUCAUAGCUGAUUUUGGAUUGGCAGACUUUUACAGAAAAGAUGGAAAGUACCUCUUUUCUAGGUGUGGAACAGCAGGAUAUUUGGCCCCAGAACUCAUUAUGAAUAAAAUAUAUGACUAUAAAGUCGAUGUCUAUAGUGUUGGUAUAGUAUUUUAUAUGUUAAUAAAUGGAGGAAAGUCUCCGUUUGAAAAAAUUGAUUAUGCAACUUAAUUGCAAUAAAAUAUGUUAAGCAAUAUUGAUUUGAAGAAACUAAUCAUUUCAAAUGAGUGCUAAGAUUUAUUAUCUAAAAUGAUUGAUGCAAAUCCUUAAAGUAGAAUAACAUCCCAGUAAGCUAAGAUACAUCUGUUAUUUCAUAAAUAGCAUGAAAAAAUUGAAGUGUUAACAGCAAGAUUGCCAAAAUCACUUACGAUAUCCUUGAUUGAUACUCCAAAAAUCUAAGCUAUUUAAUCGAGCCGUCAAAAAUAAUAAAGUUUCGUUUAGAUGUCUCAAAGUGCUAAAAAUUCUCCAGUUGACACCAAAAAAAUCUAAGGUCAAUAAAACUUUUCAAAUGCAAAAUAAAAGUAAUAACAAUGA